AUGUCGGAGGCAGCUGGUGAACUAGCUUUGGAAGAGUUCAUAUCCUCUGUCAAGGAGUAUUGGACUACACUCAAUCUCGAUUUCAUACCCUAUGCUGGGGGUAAAUGCCAUUUAGUGCGGGGAUGGGAUGACCUCUUUGCACAGCUUGAUGAGCAUAUCAGCUCAUUAGAGGCUAUGAAGCAUUCACCACACUAUAAAGUAUUCGAGACUGAUACUAGAUCAUGGGAGGAUAGGUUAACCAAGUUGAGAUUGUUAUUGGAUAUCUGGGUUGAUGUACAACGUCGUUACGUCUAUCUUGAAGGUAUUUUCUGUAAUUCCGAAGAUAUUCGCACUCUACUACCUACGGAAUCCGCCAGGUUUGGCUCGGUUGAUGCAGAAUUUGUAAGUAUUAUGAAGAAGGUGUUCGAUACUAAGGUCAACAUACUGGACAUUAUGAGCACUGACACUUACAUUCUCAAGACCCUUGAACGCUUGGGUAGAACUCUGAGCAGGAUCCAGAAGGCUUUGGGUGAUUAUUUAGAGAUGCAGAGAGCCCAGUUCCCAAGAUUCUAUUUUGUUGGUGAUGAGGAUCUUCUUGAGAUGAUAGGUAACUCACAGGACCUAACUGUUAUCACGCAACAUUUGAAUAAGAUGUUCGCUGGGAUAGCUGGGAUAGAGACUCGUCAGGAUGAGGAGGAUGUCAAUACUGUAUGGAUAACUGCUCUCCGGAGUAGGGAGUCGGAGAUAGUUCAACUUGGUGAUGUUCAUAGGGUUCCAGUAGACGUCUCGGUUGAUGGUACUGCUGUGCCUGGUCAGCAGCAACAACAUCGUCGUGGUAUACACUACAUUCUGACCUCCAUCGAGAAGGCCAUGCAUGCUCGUCUACCAGAGCUACUCAAUAUGGCUAUGGAUCCUAGUUUAUCUAUAUUAGACUUAGCUCGACAGUUCCCUGCUCAGAUUGCCCUACUAGCAUGUCAAGCUCGAUGGUAUAAUGCACAGUCUGAGGCCUUUGGUAUUCAAGGUGGUACUGCAGCUCUUCUCGAGGACUGUAAAGCAAAGCUAGAGGCUCUCUCGGCCGCUGGUGGUGCCGUACAGGGUGGUGAUGACCCUCUACUGCGACGGAAGUAUGAGCAGUUGAUCAGCGAGGUCAUCCAUCAGAGGGAGAUGAGUCGUCAUCUGGACUCUGUGAAAUGCACUAGCCCCCAACACUUCGAGUGGCUUCGUAUACUAAAGCAUCGGUGGUAUCCCAAUGACAUGAGGCUGACUGUCGAGAUAUGUAGCGCUGUCUUCGAGUAUGGGUUCGAAUAUCUAGGAGUAUGUGAUAAACUAGUCCAGACUCCUCUCACUGAUCGCUGUUACAUGGCACUAGCACAAACUCUGGAUAUGAGGUUAGGAGGUAAUCCCUUCGGCCCUGCUGGUACCGGUAAAACUGAGACUGUGAAGUCCCUCGGUGCACAACUCGGCCGAUUGGUAAUGGUGUUCUGUUGUGAUGAGAGCUUCGACUUUGCUGCAAUGGGCCGUAUCUUCGUGGGCUUGUGCCAAUCAGCCAACAGAUCUUCUCUAUCCAGUCUGGGUUACGACAUCAGAAGGAUGAAGUGA